AGUGUGUAUUUUUCUUUAAAUUUUCAUCAGACCACAAUUGAUGAAGAAGAGGUUGAAAGACUGAGCAGACCAACAAGUGACUGGUGGAGGCUAAAUGGGGACUUUGCUGCUCUUCAUUCCAUGAAUAAACUUAGAGUCUCCUUCAUCAAAAAUUCUCUUGAUCAUCUACAUAGCCAAAAUAGUACCCUAUCAAAACCUCUUGGUGGGUUUAGAAUACUGGAUGUUGGCUGUGGUGGUGGUAUUCUAUCUGAGGUAAGUUCUUUCAAACCAAUCAAACUGUUUUUAGAUGAAGCUUAACCUAUUCAGCCCUGAACCACCCAUAACCACCUGUGGACAUCCAGGUCCCUUCUUCCACCUGUGAUGUCAUCAGUUUUUAAUAAGGGUUAAGGAUAACUUUGUCCGCUAACUUGAGCAGGGUGAAGAGAUCUUUUAUACCAUGCCAGAACAAGCACAAAUCAGUGGAGGAGACCAGAGAAAAAGGCAAAAAUACAGAACAUUGACCUGAGAAUUUCCAUGAAAGUCUUGUUUCACAACAUUUACCCACCUACUGGUGUACCUUUGCUUUCUCUGAUGCCAAGUUCCUAAAAGUUUUCCCAAAAACUUUUCCACCAAAAUGAAGCCUACUAAAUGCCCAGCAAAAGAAAAAAAAUGAGGCAAGAGAAGGAAAAGAUUAAGAGGGGAGAAGUUUGCAGGGUAAGAGAAAUACCUUCAUUUUCUCAGUUUCCUGUAUUUUAAGACCCUGAGUAUUGGUACAGCUUUGGAAAUCGAUCCAUACCUCCUGCCCUGCAGUCAAGUGCUCUACCGACUGAGCUGAAAAUAUAUUUUUAAUGUGUUUAAUUCUUAACAGCCACUUGCAAGACUUGGAGCAGAAGUAACAGGAGUUGAUGCUUCUGCACGUAAUAUUCACGCAGCAUUGAGACAUGCAUCACAUGAUCCAAUGGUGGCUGACAGAGUACAGUACCAAUGUACAACAGUGGAGGAACUCGCUGACAAGGAACCAGAAUCAUUUGACUGUGUUGUUGCUUCAGAAGUUAUCGAACAUGUAACAGAUAAAGACACCUUUAUUUCUGCUAGUUCACAGCUGAUCAAGGUGGGUUAAAAGGGAUCCAGUCCUGGGGGGAGCUGCAGUCAUACUUUUAUAUAAUUUAUUACCAUCAUCUUAUUUAGAAGUGUGUAUUGAAGGGAGGUGCAAAAAGCUACAUGUACAAAGGUACUAAAGAAAAAUUUUGCUUACAAUGCGAAAUUGCCCAUGUACAUUAUUAUAUUAAGUAAGCAAGAACAUAGCCAUAUUCAAGUUGGCAUUAUCAAGUCCCUCUGAGUCUCUUGUGUUUAAGAUUAAACUGGUGCCAGUACAGGUGUCUACUAAACCUGCAGGCUUAUUGUGCCUUGCUUGUUAAAAAAAAAAGUACUAAAAUUAAUGUAUCUGGUGUUAUCUAACUGACGCAACUGACAAUCUAGAAACAGUACAUGUGCAAGUUUGAGGAUUAGCUUUAUAGUAGAGAGUGUUAGCUUGCGUAUUUGUUGUAGUUAUAAAAUUUUUUCAGGUAAUUUUUGUUUUUCCUUUGUUUCACCUUCAUUAUACCAUAACCAAAAACAAAAGAAAAACAGAAAUUACCCAAGAUAAAAAAUUAACUACAACAUAUAAGUCGAACUUUUACCACAUGACUUUUUAUCCAAAAGAACUGUUUUGAGCUGUUUUUAUCUGCUCAUUUUCUAUCUUGAGAAAUUCUCAACUUGAGUCUGACAUUUGCCGAUUAUGUUACAGGUAAAAUUGAUUUCAGGUUAAAUUUUUUUAACCUAGGUACGUUGAUUCUCAAUUUAAUUGAGAAUCAAUUUAUUUCCCUAACUAUUCAUGAAAUAGGGCUAGGAAACAAAGGAAAUUGAGAAUCAACCUAGGUUAAAUCAAAAUGAACCUGAAAUCAAAUUGACUGUAACACACAUUUCUCAUCUAUUUCUUAAAUCGCUGUUGGCCAGCUAAUGUUUCAUAACAAGUUAGUGCUGACCAAAUUUUGACAGAUUAUUGUACAUUUAUUUUUAUUAUUGUUCAGCAACUUUAAGCUAAAACUCUCAAAUAAUACAAAAUGUGUUAUUUGCACAUCAUUAAUGUUUAUUGAUGUUUUCAUUAAUAAACGCCCCUUUGAACCAAGUCAGGAGGAGGGAGGCAUAACAGAUAUCUAACAUGUAACUUUUAUUGGAGGGUUGACAAUACAAUAAAGGGAAUUAAGGGGAAUUAAGUGGAUCUUUAGCUUACUAGGUGGUUUGUUUUACCAUUACUGGCCAUGUGUUUUCACUCAAGAGAACUGUUUCUUUUUAGUUUCCUGUCAUUCAAAAGCCUGAAUUUCAUCCAAUUGUUUCAAGUCGUUUUGUCCCGUCUGAAAUUCAUGCUAGGCAUGACCAACAUUAGGAGACCAAACCACACAAUUAAAUACAUUGCUGCGAGAAACUAAAGCUCUAUUUAUUAUUGAUUUUUAUACUUUGUUACUUUUCUGCCAUGAUAUACACAGCCAGGAGGUUCACUGGUGAUAACAACAAUCAACCAAACAGCUCUGUCAUAUGCCGCAGCCAUUGUAGGAGCAGAGUACAUUCUUAGACUAGUAACACCUGGAACUCAUGACUGGAACAAGUUUGUUACAGUUGAAGAGCUGAUCGACCUCAUCUCACUAUGUAAGUUACCCUGCACAUGAUACACACUAUGGCAGUGCAGUUUGAAGCUUAGGAUCUUAUGGCUAUUUAACGUUAUAAUAAAUUAUUCUUAACUGUAGUCAAAAGCAAGAAAUUUGCAAAAACUGGGAAAAAUACAGUGGAACCUGUCCAAAAAAGCCCCCAUGGGGACAGUACGCAUCUGCUAGGACAAAAUGAUGCCAUUGUGGAUACAUGGCUUUCAACUGAAUAAUAAAGUGUAAUAAAAAAAAGACGAUAACAGAAAUGUGCCACCUCUGACAAGGUACACGUAAUUUCUUUUGUUUUAUUUGCGCAAGCCUUGGAGCUACAGUGUGAGUAUAAAUUUAGUGGGGGUGGAAAGUCUACCAUAUUUAAAAAUACUUUUAUUGUGGUCAAAGUCAUCCUUAAUUUCAUGCAAUACUAUUUUUGCAAUAUUUUUUCAAUCAUCAAACAAAAAUGGGAGAGUACAUAUAAAGCCUUACAGUAAAAAUCUUCAUUAAAUUUACUUGAACUUUGAGUGACAAAGGACUUGAUCAGCAAUAACCAACGUAUGUGUGUACACUUAAAUCUCAAACUAAUUUGUGUUACUUGGUUCACAAGCGCAUGCAACCAUUUUGUCUAGCUCUGAAUCGAAAGGCUGCAGACAAAAUUAAAGUGUUGACAACACUUUCACAAAGUUAAAUGCCAUUUUUUAAUUUCCCUUCUCUAGCCAUGAAAAACGGACUUGCUAAAAUAAAAAAUAAGUACGUUGGUAGGGUACAACCUCACCAGUAUAAUUUCAAAACAUUUCUAAUUAAUUUCAUAAUUCAACAGAGGUUGGCACUGCCAAGUACAGUGUUUUUUUUGAAAACAAGAAUAAAUAAAUAAAAAAAAGUUAGUGAGGAUUAUUUUUAACCAUUUUUUUGUUUUCACACCUUUUUCUUGUAGAUGGUUUAGAAGUCACAGAAGUCAAAGGAAUGUUUUACUUGCCAAUCUUUAACAAAUGGUGUUGGAUUGAAGACACAAGUGUGAACUUUGCCUUGAAUGCAAUUAAACCAAACAUAUCCGUAACCCCACCGGAAGUGACACUAGAUACACAAACAAAUGACACUAACACAUGA